CGAUAACCGCCUCUGAUGGGCGCGCCUAACGAGACCCGCGGCCGCAGUCUUGCGCAUCCGGAUCUCCUAAUCCAUUUCUCUCCCUAUCCCUCUACAACUACUCCGCAUACCUGCGCUUGCGGCCGGUGGACCUUUUUUUGUUUGUCUCCCCCCUCUUGCGGACUCCGGCGCCUGCACAUACUAUCUCGAGACGCGUUCCGCGACGCACGCUCGUCGCGUGCUCGGUCAGCGCCCGCAAUACACGCGUGCGCUUCGUACAAUGAAACCUCUGUGAACUUGAUAUCGUCUUCCACCAUGAAGUGCUUCGCCGAGAUCUUCGUGACAGUGACCCUCGUGACGGUCGUCGCUGCCGAAGCAUCAGUUCGGACGUGCGAACCUAUCAAAGUGGCUAUGUGCAAGAACAUCGGUUACAACCAGACUGGUAUGCCUAAUUUGGCGCGACAUACACUUCAAGCUGACGCCGAUGUAACUCUUCAAACCUUCAGUCCACUCGUCCAGUAUGGCUGCUCCUCCCAGUUACAUCUAUUCUUGUGUGCAGUGUACGUGCCUAUGUGUACGGACAAAGUGGCGCUGCCCAUCGGGCCAUGCAGAGGACUGUGCGAAAGCGUUUACGCCAGGUGUUAUCCUGUGCUCCGCGGGUUCGGGUUCACAUGGCCCACUGAGCUAGACUGCUCUCUGUUCCCGGCAGAGAACAACCACGAACACAUGUGCAUGGAGGGACCAGGCGAGCGAGCGCCACCGAUGGGCAACAUGCCUCCAGAUGCUCCCGGUGGUGGCCGUGGAUCUUGCCGACGCCUUAUCAAGCCCAAUAGCUGGGUGUGGGUGCGAGGCUCCGGUCGCUGCGCACAAUAUUGUGACGCCGAAGUACUGUGGGAAGCUGGAGAGCGACGAGCGGCUGAAGUGUGGCUGGCAACUUGGGCAGCGUUGAGUUUUGCAUGUACGCUAGCGGCCGUAGGUGCGCAGUUGGCCUGCGGUGAUCGUGGUGGCGCUGGCGAGCGCGCCCUAGUGCUGGUGGCGCUGUGCCGCUGCGCCGCUGCUGCAGGCUGGGGCGUCCGCGCAGCGGCAGGUCGCACCGCCGCUGGAUGCGCCAAAGACUCCACGUCUCCGACCCGCAUGUUGCUGGCGCACGACGGACUGGCUAACCCCAAUUGUGCAGUGGUCUUUCUUCUGCUAUAUUAUUUCGGCCUCGCUGCUUCUGUGUGGUGGGUGGUGGUAGCAGGCGCGUGGCGAACGAGUGUGUUGCGACCGCCGAUUCCUCCUGGCGCUCCAGGGUCUUCUUCACGGAAUGACCGCCAUUCCUCGCUGCUUCAGCUGGCCGCCUGGGGAGUCCCAGCUGCUCUUGCUGCAGCUGUCUUGGUUACUAGAGACGUUGAUGCUGAUGAACUUACUGGAACGUGUUUCGUGGGCAACCAGUCGAGCAAAUCCCUGCUGGCUCUAGUCAUCGUUCCAGAAACAAUCUGCCUACUGCUGGGUUGCGUUUUCCUCUCGUCUGGGUUACGAGCGGUUCUUCGCCGACCAAACCCUGUGCCUGCUCCUGCUACUCUUCUCAAUGCUCCUCCACAACCACAUACAAAUCAGAGUGUGUUGCGAUUGGGAGCAUUUGCUGCUCUAUACGCUGUACCAUCCGCGUGCAUUCUCGCUACGUGGGUCUACGAAUACGCUUGGAGAGAUGAGUGGCUUGCAGCAGCGGUGCCAUCAACUGAACCGUUCACCCAUCCUCAACCAGCUUUCUGGGUGUUUCUCUUCAGAAUAUUUGCAAGUCAGAUCCUCGGUGUAAUGGUGGCUGUGUGGAUAGCGACUCCACGGUUAAAAGUUUUAUGGAGAAGAGUCACUGGGCCGAGGAAAACUACGUUGGCAAAGUGUCCGACUGGGCCGCCGCCAACACCUCUCACUCUGCACUGUUACGCGACGCAUCCACAUACUCUGUCGCGACAUUCACACAAGUACGCGACAUACAGACCUCCACAAACACAUUCGUAUAGAAAACCGAGGCAUUAUCACUAUUCAGCUGGAGAAACGAUACUAUGACCUAAUGCAAACAGUUUGCGUGUUUUAUACUCGUAUUACAAAUUCAUUUCAAACAAAAGACUUGAGAAGUAAAAAGUAUAAUAACAGGAGCUACAGUGUGCUCCGAUGGUUGCAUUUAAUAUUUUUAGUUGUACAGUUGUGUGUAUAGAGUUAAUUGUAUGUUCCAUAGUGCCAUUAUUAUAGUUGAUCGAACAAUUAACUAGAUAAAAAGAAAUUUGUGAAUAAAUAAGUAAAUAUAUUUCAUGUAAGAUAUUUGAGCAGGUAUUUUUAAGACGAAACUUAAUUUAAAUUAUUUCGCGUUAGAGUUACGUUCUGAUUUGUAAAUAUAAUCCCGGGAAAGACUUACACUUUUAACAAAUAAUGUGAUCGUCUGGAUUUUUAGUUUCCAUAGUCUAAGAGCUAUAUACUACAUUUGGUAUACAUAAUAGAUUUGACAUACAAUAAAAGAUAAAACUGUAAAGAAACUUAAGUUUUAAGUAUAGUGGAAGCCCACCUCCACGUAACCAAAAUGUUCGCCUGAUUUUGUAAAUAU